AUGAGUGAAAGGUUGUACCAAAAUAUUCUGUCUGAGGUAAUGGUCGAUCUUCUAAAUUCUCAUUGUUCAAAAAAGUUCAUCCUCAAAUUUUUUUUGAUGUUAACUACUGGAUUGGCCUUGAUGAUAUCCUCUAGUGUAUUUGCUUGUGAUGAUGCCUGUAUGUCUACUGGUGAAAGUUUUGGCAAGUGUAAUUAUAGGUGUCUCGAUGCUUGUUACACUCCUGCUUUUCAUCAUCGUAAUGAAUUUUUGGCUGGUCUUCAAGUCAGAGGUUACAACUGCGUAUCAACUGGUUAUGAUACUCUUUCUUGCGACUCCAAUGGAAUGGGUGGAUGUUAUGGACACAAGUGGACCUGUGGCAGAAACUGUUAA